AUGGGAGGAGCUUCACCGACGGCGAGGUUCGGUGGUGACAAGAAGGCGUACGGAGCGGUGGUACUAAUACAGCUUAUCUACACCGGGAUGUUCCUCCUCUCCAAGAAGGCGUUCGACGGCGGCUUCAAAGCUUCCAUCUUCGUCUUCUACCGGCAGACCUUCGCCGCCGCCCUCAUCGUCCCUCUCGCCUUCUUCCUCGAAUGGAAGGACGCGCCGGCGCUGUCGCUCCCCACCUUCUGCAAGAUCUUCGCCCUCUCCCUCUUCGGGAUAACGUUGAGCUUGAACGUCAAUGGGAUAGCUUUGAUCUACACUUCAGCCACUUUGGGUGCUGCCAUUGGUAAUACCCUGCCAGCCAUUACGUUCUUCGUGGCUCUUCUAUUCGGAAUGGAGACAUUAAAGGUGAAGACAAAACCAGGGAUGGCAAAACUAGGUGGGAUAGUUAUAUGCAUGGGAGGAGUGGCAGUUCUUGCUUUCUACAAUGGCCCCCAUUUUAAGGUCUUGUCUUUCCACAAAGGCCUCCAUGGACAUGACCUUAGACCUCAGCAACACUCUAGCUCUUCUCAUAACACAUGGGUCAAAGGUUGUUUCUUGAUGCUCUUCUCCAACCUUACUUGGGGCUUCUGGCUCAUCUUUCAGGCAAUACUUCUGAAAAGCUACCCAUCAAAGUUUCUCUUCACGGCUCUUCAAUGCUUUUUGAGUUCGAUCCAGUCCUUAGUGGUUGCAGUUGCCAUUGAGAGAAAUCCCCAGGAGUGGAAGCUUGGCUGGAAUAUGAGACUUGUGGCUGUAACUUAUUGUGGUUUUGUGGUGACUGGAGUGACAUUUUACUUGCAAGCAUGGGUUUUAGAGAAGAAAGGUCCAGUCUUUCUAGCCAUGUCUACACCUUUGAUUUUGGUCUUCACAAUGUUGUUUUCUGCACUACUAGGUGACUUCAUCAACCUUGGAAGUGUAUUGGGUGGAGUGUUGUUGGUUGUUGGACUUUACAGUGUUCUAUGGGCAAAAGGCAAAGAAGAAAAGAUUAUGAUUGCUGAGAAUAUUGAUGGGAAGAUGAAGACUACACAAGUGGAAAAGGAGAGCUUAGAUCUUAAACAAGUGGCUACAAUCAUUAGCAUCCCCGAUCAUCAAGCAUCACAAACCAAUGAGUCGAGUUAA